CUCUGUUCCCCCUCUCUGUGGCUUCAAAUGGUUGGGAGCAGGGCCAUUUCUUCUGGCUGGCGGGCCCGCGUGGCUGCGCUGUGGUUCAUUGCUGUGCCCUUGCUGGGGAGGAGAGCACGAUGGCCCCCAAAGGGAGGAAGAGGAAGGCAAAGGAGCCUGAGGCAAAGGCUGUGAACUCUGAGGAUGUGAAGCCAAAUGGUGGUGCCAAUACACUGCCAAAGAGGUUAAGGGGCGAAGGAAGUCGGGGGCCUGGACCCCGGGUGGUUAUUGAGCAUUGUAAGAGCUGACAAGUCUACAGGCGCAAUGCCGACGCCGUGAGCCAGGCGCUGCGCCGCACCAUUGCCAACGUGGUGGUGGAGAUCAACCCCAAGACACCACGCAGGAACAGCUUUGAGGUGUCCCUGGUGAAAGAGGAUGGAAGAACGGUGGAGCUAUGGAGCGGCAUUAAGAAAGGGCCACCUCGCAAGCUCAAGUUCCCUGAGCCAGAGAAGGUGGCUGACAUGCUUAAGAGCAGCUUGGUCUAAAGCAGAGCUACACCGAGCUGGGUCUAGGACCCAUCCAUUCCUUGCAUGGACCGGAGCAUCCAUGAUGAGGCAUGGUGCAGUGGGGGGGAGCCGAUGGCCAAACCUCAAUCAUGUCUCUGAUGCUGCAGCUCUUCCCACGGGGAGUGGUGGGCCAGAUGCCGCCACUCUGUCCUUCGCUUCUGUUUUGCUCUUCGCUUUGCUCCCACAAGCAACCUCUGGCCUUCCUUAGCAGAUCAUCUUUCACUGUUUUGUGGUUAGACUUUUUUGUAAUAAAGCUUCUAAAAAAAC